AUGGAUUGGAAUGGCAAUACAAGACACACUAGUGUUUCUCGAACUGAAUCUUCCUACGGCAACCCUUUCCACAAUGACUACGACUCCUAUUAUCAUGGUGGAAUGGAGGUGAAGCAUGAUCAGGCAAUACUGUCAGCUGAGACAGCACAAGGGUUAAAUAGUGGUCGGCCUUCUAUUGAAAGGGACAUGAUCAGCCGUAGUAGCUUUCAGGAGAAGAAGAAGAGAACAUUAACUAACAAUCAGUUGGAGUUAUUGGAGAGGAGCUUUCAGGAGGGAAUUAAGCUGGAACCAGAUAGGAAAAUGAAGCUGUCAAGAGAGCUUGGGCUGGAGCCUCGCCAAAUUGCUGUAUGGUUCCAAAACAGGCGAGCUCGCUGGAAAGCUAGGCAAAUCGAACGCUCUUAUGAGGCCCUUAAACAUGACUUUGAUCACAUGUCAAAAGAAAAACAGAAGCUUCAGGAGGAGGUCAUAAAACUGAAACGCAUUCUACGAGAGAAUGGGUCGAAUAAGCAAGUGGUAGGAGGAAAUAUUACUUCUAUGAUAAUCUCCGGAGAAGAGAUGGCUGAAAGCAGUACUGGGGAGGCCCUUAUUAUUCGCAGUUCAAACAAUAAGUCACAAGGAACUAAUAAUAAUUACCAUCAUCGUCAUCAACAGAAUCAUGUUAUGGCUUAUCAUCAUUGCAACCGUGUAUUCAAUAUAGACGAAUACAGCACUGUUUCGCCACCUUACUGGGGAUUCUUUCCUUGA